AUGAUAAAAAAUAAAUAGUUAAUAACAUAUUUUAAUAAAUCGAGUAUUCGAAAAAGAGCGAAAUCCUCAUUGAAUUAUGUUGUUUCUGUGAAGUAACAGAAUGUGGAAUAGUCUCACAAUAAUUCUAUUGAUAGUCUGAACACUCGCGUUAUGGAGGUUUUUGAAUAACAAUAGAAGGAUGAUCAAGUUCAGAUACAAAGAUUAUUGAUAAAGAAGCAAUUGUUGGAGAUUCGAAUACGCCAUGAAAAUGAGAAAUAUGAAGAAACCCUAAAAAAUUAUUAACAAUUGUUGCAACGAUUAGAUUCAAUGGAACAUAGCCAAAAGGAGUACAUCUCACAAAUGAACCAAUUGAGUGAGUGUUUAAAAGAGAUUGUUUAACAAAACCAUGAGAUGGAGAGUGCCUAUAAUGACAAGUGCAAAGAAUAUGAGAGUUUGAUAUAAAUAAUUAAUAAAUGAAUUAAGUACUGGAUUCAGAAGCUGAGGAAGCUGUGUUAAAAGCUGGAGACAUCAUCUAAGGUAGAUUUCGUAUUGGAGAUCUUCUUGGAGAAGGAUCAUUUGGAUCUGUCUUUAGAAUCUAUGAUACUCAGAAUAGCAAUGAAGUCUUUGCAAUCAAGGUGGAGUAAGAAUUGGAGGAAGAGGAAAGCAUGUUAGAAAGAGAAAUCAAGAUUAUGAUGGAAUUAAAGUAUUUCACUUAUGCACUCUAUUCUUUUUAGGAAGAAGCCCGGGUUCCCAUAGAUAUUAUACUAUGGAUAAGAGAAUCAUUAUGUUUAUUACAUUAUGAAUGUGCUUGGACCCAAUCUUGAAAUUACCAGCAAGAAGUGUGGAGGCUCUUUCACUCUUGUAACCAUGUUGAGAUUAGCUAUUCAGGUAUAUGAGUAAUGUACUGUUUAGUGUAGAUGCUUAGCCGAAUUGAAACGUUGCAUUCUAUGCGUCUCAUUCACAGAGACAUUAAACCAGACAACUUUGUGUUGGGAUUGGGACAACAAUAAAACAUAUUACAUCUCAUUGAUUUUGGAUUAUCUAAAUUUUAUGUAAAUUCUAAAGGUGAACACAUCAAAUAAGUACGCAAAAAAGGAUUGAUUGGAACAGCUAGAUAUGCUAGCAUUAAUGCUCAUAAUGAACUUGAAUAGAGUCGUAGAGAUGAUCUAGAGAGCAUUGCUUACAUCUUGGUUUAUUUAGCCACUGGGUCUCUACCUUGGAUGAAUCUGCAAAUUGAAUAGAAAGAUCUUAAAUAUGCUAAAAUAUUACAUCUAAAAAAGUCAACAACUCCAGAUAUUGUAUGUAAAAAUCUACCAGCUUGCUUUAUGAAAUUUUUAACCGCUGUUCGUAAAUUAGAUUUUAUCACAACGCCUGAUUAUGGAUCUUAUAAGAAAUUAUUCCAAAGCGAAUUAGAAAAGCAUUAGGUUUAACCAUACUAUGAUUGGGAAGUUGUAGGAGAUAAUCAUACAAAAAAGAAAAGUAACACAAUGCAUAUUAUGCCAGUAUUAUUUAUAUUAAUUUAAGGAAUAAUUGAAAUAAAAUAAUAGUCCUAACAAUCUACAUAUUAUUAAUAGCAAUGGAAAUAACAAUGGAUCAAAUAAAAAUACUAUGACUUAUGGAAAGGAUCAAAUCAUUGAAGGCGAAAUGGAUAAGAGAUUAAACUUUUAAGUUUCAACUAAAGGUGUGGAUAAUAAACAAUUUGAAAGGUUUGAAUAGAUUUUGCAAUAGAAUCAGAAGAAGUACUAUAAGAUGAACAGUUCAAAGAGGUAAAACUCUGGAAGGGCUAAAACCCCUGUGAUGGUCAAUGUUAUUGAACCAGAUGUAAUUUAAAAUCUAUUUUAUUUAGAAACAAAUUCAACAACAAUAGUAUGAAUAAGUGUAUGAUGAGGUGCAAUACAUCGCAAAAUCAGCCAAAUUCUUGUAACCACCCUCUACUCCCAAUGUUAGGAAUUCCUCUUCCAUUAUAAAUCCUUAUUAUAUUCCAUCCUUAAACACUUCAUAAGUGAAUAAUUAUGAUUGGAGUGAAGGCGAAGAAAUAAGCAACGAAGGCACUCCCUUAUGGUGUAUGUAUGUGGAGAAGGAGAGACAAAAUGUGAUGACGGGAAUUUAAACAAAAAAAAAGAACUCCAUUAAACACAAUAGUUUCAGUGCUCUCCAAUAUCCAAUACAGAAUCAAGUUAGAGGAAGUGAUGAAGAAUUGUUUGAUAUUGAAUGA